AUGAAGAUGAACGGCCUUGUUCGAAGCCGAGAGUCAGUCAACAACUUAGCGCGGUUCUCACUCGAAGAUGCAGAAAAUAUGGUUCUUAAAUUAUCCGCCGAUGACCUAUUAGAAACGAUGGACAACUUCGGCCUGAGCUUCACAGACCCGGCGUUCAACGCCCGCAUGGCUUCCCGGGUAUAA